GUCAAAGGCACCUGCAGUUGAGCGAGAGUACGUCUCAUUUCCUUCUCAUUUAUCCUCUGGGCCAUGCGUUAUACAUCGAGCACCAUUAUGGCGCGGUUUCAUUGAAGUGCAGCUCGGGCCUUGCCCAGAUUGUUGACUCAUCGAUAUAACCUCUUCCAUUCUGCCAUGACCGAUGACAGACAGAACCAGCUCUCGCCUCUGCGUUGCCGCCGCCAGUAGUGACUGCCACCUCUUUCACGCAUGGGCAAGCGCCUCGCUUGCCCCAAAGGCGGUCGUCCUUACCGAUUGGAGGCCGGGACAAUGCUAAACCUGCUCUCACCUUAAUUAAGCAUAUUCUUCAAGUAGAAUAGACUGGAGUGCCAUUCUCUCAAUCGGAUCUGGCCGUGCAAGGCUUCGCGUUUUUCUUUCAUUUUCCGAACAAGGAACGAAUACUUAGGCACAAGCCAUGACAGAACCCACAUCAACGAAGCGUCGUGCGGUUGAGCGCAGGGGCGGCGCUGACGGCCCCACACCUGCACCUGCACUCCCAAAUGGCGACACCGCUGCUGCCUCCGCUGCAGCAGUAGGGGGACCGAAUGCAGACAGGGAAACGAGCGACAACAUCUUAACACAUACCGUCUCCGAGUCACCGGGAUUUGGCGCCGGCCCGAGCCUUGUGUCGGCCGUACCCUCGUCAAUUGCAUCUGCACAAGCCCUCGACACGCCUCAAGCGCAACAGGUUUCCUCUCAAGUAGUAGCAGAAGCGCGCGCAAACAGUCUCGCCGCCAGCAGGGUGGCCCAAGCGCAAGCCCAAGCAGUCGCGAAUUCGCUGUCUGGCUCCUCCCUCGCCGCAUCCCUCGUCAGAAUUCCUGGACCUGCCAGUGCUGCCUCGAUGCUACGUGCAGCUGAAGUAUUCGCAGCUGAAGCGUCCACUUCGCCGGCGGCGCUUCAUGCUAUCUCUGCUUCGCUUAUCUCGCAGGCUCAGAAAACGGGGGAAGCACUCGUCAUGGCGCAGGCACAGCUCACAGGCAUACCCAUCGGCAGCGCCGCAGGAGCUGCUGCGGCUGCUGCCCCUCCCGGAUCAAGUGCUAACGCCGGGGAAGGGCAGAUCGCAGGGGUUCACCGGAGGACCAGCGAGGGCGGCUUCAGGAUCGAUGCCCCCACUGCUGAUUUGCUGGACUACUCAAGUUCUUUGACAGCGCAUAUCAGCCAGGCCAUUGCGCGACAACAGGCCAUGUCGGCGGCCAGUUCCAGCUCGCCCGCCCACACCAUCAGCUCAUCUUCCUCGCAUGCUCAGCAAUCUUUCGCAGUAGGGUCAACACAAAGUGCUGCGGCUAAUGCCAACGCUACCUCCGGCUCAAAUACAGAUAUCACACACGAGCUUGUCGCAGUCGCGCGAGCAGAAAUAACGGACAUUGCCGUGCGUGCUGCGGCCCAGGAGGCGCAGGCGCAAGGAUUGGUGCAGGAAAUGAUGCGUACACGCAGCAUACAGCCCACAUCUACUAGCGCGGUUGGACUUGGGACUGGCAUUGGAGAUAGAAAGGGCGAACAGGAUUCCACUACACUACAUACUGCUGCCACUGCAUCUGCUUUGCUGGGUGCAGGCGUACAAAGCAGUGCCCUAAAGCGAACGAGUACCGACGAAGCUCGCAGCAGCAUCGGUAGCAAUAGUAGCAGUGGUGGUAGGCAGCCGUCAUCCGGCGUCGCCGCCGUAGACGCCUACCUCGCCAACCUGGGUCUAGCGCAGAUACGCGUACCGCUCGCUGCGCCGGCUGCCAGGUCCUUCGCUUCGAGUUCGACGAUGCCAACAGACAUUACCGUCCCUGUGCCGCGGUCUAUCGCCACUAGUCAACCUUUCGGACAGGAGGUGGAUCAGUCAUCUGCAGCGAUACCGACGAAAUCGACGUCCAUGCCGGCUGCUGCCACGACUGAUUCGCGUUUUCAAGAGCAGCUAGGUCGACGCAACGCCGCCGGCAGCACAAGAGCACGAAGAUGGGACGAGUCUGACCCACUUGCGGAUCUGAAAGUUGGCGGUGUACCGAGCAUGCCGCUGAUGCCUGCGCCGGCACUGCAGAUGCUGCCGCCGCCCGACUCUCCGGCGUUCCUGUUGGAGCACUUCGCCAAAGCGGCGCGCCCGGGAAAAGUGAAGGGCAGCGCGCCUGCUGCUGGAGCCGCUCAUCGGCUCGAGGUCACGUCUGCGAAAAGCGGCACUUCUUUGAGCUUCAAGCCGCAGCGUCCCGCUGUGAAAGGCGCGCCUAACAAGAUGAUGGAUGGCGAGCGUGGGACUGCACCUGCCAUACAAGUGGAAGGAGAAGAUGCACAAGGGAAAGGACAGCAAGAGUCGCUGAUGGAGCUAAAAGAAGGCCUUGCUCCGCUCCUCAUCGCGCGCCAACGACAGGGGCAGGGCGAUGAGUUGUCGCUAUCGCUCGGCGGCCAGUUUCCGUUCCAAGUGGUGCAGACGCCGGGGGGCACGGCGCGCCCUGGGUGGUGGAUCCCGACGUCUGCGCUCGAAAGCGGUGGUGCAUAUUCAUCUUCAUCCGCAGGAGCAGCCUCGAGUGGCAAGCACAGCGGGCAGAACGGCGAUAACAACGCCGUACGGCGUGCCAGUGCGUGCUUCCAGCCCAGCUAUCGCACAUUCACAUCCGAUGAGUUCGCUGCUCUCGCAUCAGCCGCAGCGUUCACCACCGCAGCAUUAACGACAAAGGCAUGCCGUGCUUCUGCUACUUCGCAAGACGGCGACACGACCAUGGCGGGCGCUGCUGCGUCAGGGAUAACAUUAGCAUCAGGCACGGCAGCAACAGGCGAUGGCCCAACAGAGGCGAGAGCAGACGAGCAGACAGAGUGGGCUCCACUCUCACCACACCAGCAAGAACAGAUCGCCGCGCAGCUGCGCGCUUGGGCUGGCCUCGAAGGGCCCGAGCGGCAAAACGAGGCUCGUAAGGCGCUGGAAGAGCGCAAAGUCCAACUGCUCGAAGACGCCAGCACCUCCGGCGGUGCUUUAUCGGUGGCGCGGGCAAUGGAGAAUGGCGGGUUCGACGACUUCGACGCACCGAUCGAGCAGGUGCCGCCUUCGGCCUUCUUCCCGCCAGACUUUGCGAGCCACUACCAGGCACAACUGCGGGCGCUCGCGGAAGGCUAUUACGAGCGCUUGCACAAGGAGGACCUGGCGCGUUCGCAUUUUGCCGCGAGCGAUGCGGCGGCCGCCGCUGCCGCUGCCACGUUGGAACAGACGGCCAGGGAGAGCAGGCGGGCCAGCAUGUCGCGCAUUACCAAGGAUGCGCGUCAGGAUGAUGUAGUUCCAAGCGCGGGUGCCAGUGUGAAGGGCCUCCUACCGAAUCGCAAACGGACCGCCUUGGAAGAGGAGCGCCUCGACAUGGAAAAGCUAUCGCAUGAGCAAGCCAGAAACCAGCAGGUCAUCCGGAACGCCGUGCAGUCACAGAAUGACGCGCAUUACGGCAUGCCGGGCCCGGCGUACGGAAAUGGGAACCAGAUGCCUAACCUCCCGCCCGCGCAAGACCCAAUACAGCUCAUCGCUGCUGCGUCGGGCGCCGCAGGCGUCGACGUCCGCUCGUCGCAAGUUCGCGACCAGCUGCUACAGUUUGCGCACAUCUUAUACUCGACAGGGAGCACAACGGUACCUGUUUCUUCUGCUUCUGCUGGCCAAGAUGGUAGUCUUUCUGCUGGAUGGGCAGAGAAGACGGCAGUCACACAGCUGCAUCCGACCCUGCUGCCGCUGCUGCACACGCUGCACGGUCUGCACCCUGAGCACCUACCGACGCUGUUGCUUCUUUCAUGCGCAUACUACACUGCAGGCGACCUGCCGGGCUCGCUGUGGUACAACAACCUCAUCCUCCGCCUGGACCCGCAGUAUGUCGAGGCAAUGAGUAACAUCGGUACGACAUUGCGCGCGCUGGGUCGCUGGCGCGAGGCGGAGAGUUGGUGGUGGAGAGCGGUCAAGCUGCGCCCGGGCUACUGGGACGCGUACGAGAACCUGCUCGGCGUCCUCUGCUCGCCAAGGCACGUUGAUACAGACACACCGUCUGCGUUUGCGUCCGCGCAGCAGCAGCGUGGCGAAGUGAAGCCUGUGGCAAAUGGUGGGCUGCCUUCAUUGCCAGCGCACGACCUCGCUGCUGUCAAGCCAAAGGCGGCCAUGACCGGCCCGCGCUUUGUGGAAGCUCUGCGGCUCUGUGAAUUCGUCGAGCGCCAAAUCACUGGCAUGGCAAUCUCGAGUCAUGCCCACGAAAAAAGCGCCCAACCAUGUACAUCGGGCGCUUAUGCCCCUCCCAUCGGCUGCCCUUUCACCCUCCCCGCCGCGCAGGUACCGCGCCUGCAGAACCUUUACUACGGCAAGGGCAACUUGAAGUACGUCCUCCCUGACCUCGGACCUGUGCCCGCAGCGAGUGAGUACGAGCAUGCGAUCGAGAUCGUCAUCUCGCCGCACACGUAUCUCGCAUACAGCACUAGGGACCUCAUUGUCGCCGUCUGCGUCGUCAGCGUCCUGUCGCUUGGCGUUGAGACUCCUGGUUUCCCAGGCAGUGCGGCAGCGUUCAAGGUCGCGCAAGCUAUGGGCCUCAACCUGGCGGACCAAGCGCAGGCAAGGCUUGUCGCUACAGGCGCGUACGCGUCGCUCAUGCGCGGAGGCGUCCUGGCGCUCGUGCGUAGAGCCGGCGACGAACUCGUCCAUAUGCUGGUACAGCUCGGCGGCGGGCACCUACCCAUGUUCCUGCUGCUACCCGCGCCGGCGCUGCGGCUGGCAAAGAUCAUCUUCUCCGAGACGAACGGGACCUUGCCGUCAUUGGCGACGCCCAUUCCGGGCAAGCGCCCGAGCGACCCGAAUGCGCUCGCGCAGGCGAUCCAGCAGACCAACAUGACCACGUCCACCGUCAUGCUCACGCUCGCCAAGCUCUACCAGGACGCCACCGCCAGCCCGACUGCAGGGCCGCACGGAGCGCUCACGCUCGGCGGUAUCCCGCCGUCCGUAUCGCUUCUGCUACCGCUGUACUACAUGUCGCUGUCGCUCAACGCGUCCGCGUCGACAUGUAACAACCUCGGCAUUCUUUUCUCCUCCAUCCCGACCGUCACGACGGUGCUCGAUACCGCUGGCAGGCCACAAAAGGUCAACGGACAGAGCUUAGCAAUGCAAUACUACUCGCAUGGCCUGCAGCUCGACGCACAGCACCCGCAUCUUUACACCAACCUUGGUAGCCUGCUCAAAGACCUCGGACACCUCAGCGAGGCUAUCAAGAUGUAUGAGAAGGCUGUUGCGUGCAAUCCGAAAUUUGAUGUCGCGUUGGCCAAUUUGGGCAAUGCGAUCAAGGACCAGGGCAGGACGCAAGACUCGGUCAUCUACUACCGUAGGGCCGUCGAGGUCAACCCGAACUUCCCAGAAGCGCUCUGCGGCCUCGUCAAUGCUCUGCUUGCCGUCUGCGACUGGAACGAAGUCUACGAGGCCGAUUCGCCGCUCAUGGCCCGUGUCACUGAGUUGGUGAACAAGCAGCUCGACGAAGGAUGCCAUUACGGAACGGGGACCAUGCAACUGGAUCGCCCUUUGCAAAGUUGGAUUCGGAUCAUCGCCAAUGCUACCGGCGACUGGCGGCACGAGGCGCACGCUGCAUGGGCUGAGCGCUUGUCCCACUUCUUUGCGCCAGUCAAUCAACGUGACCAAACGCUAGGCGAAGGCUCAUUCGUCAUCCGGCUUGUCGAGAAGCUCAUGCGUAAGAUGCAGCGCCGCUGGUUUCUAGACCUCGCCGCGCAGUCCAAUGCCGCCGGCACAGUUCUGCGACCCUCGGCAGCCGAUGCGGCGCGCUACGUGCGGCCCACGCUGCCAACCCGGAUGAUCGCAGCGGCGGUGCCGACCGUGCUUCCAUUUCAUACGUUCACCUACCCGCUUUCCGCUCGCCAGAUCCGCCUGAUCUCGCAUCGCAACGCAUUACGCAUCUCUCAGACGACGCUAACGCAGAUGUGGCUGCCCGCGCAUGUGUACCCGCCUCCGCCUUUGCCAGCACCCACGAUCAAUGUAGGCUACAUCUCGUCGGACUUCAACAAUCACCCGCUCGCGCACUUGAUGCAAUCUUGCUUUGGUUUCCACGAUCGCAGCCGCUUCAACAUCCAUCUCUACGCCACCACAGUGUCAGACCAGAGUCCGUUCCGCCAGAAGAUUGAAAAAGAGGCACAGCACUUUCUGGAUGUAUCGGCGUGGACGAAUGAGCAAGUCAUUGAUCGUAUCAUUCAAGACUGCAUCCACAUCCUCAUUAAUCUCAAUGGCUACACCAAGGGCGCACGGAACGAGAUCUUUGCUGCGCGUCCGUGCCCUGUGCAGAUGGAGUUCAUGGGUUUCGCGGGGCCCCUGGUCUCGGGAUGGACUGACUGGGUCAUUGCCGAUCCCAUCGUUUGUCCGCCGUCGUUUACCAGCGGAGACGUCUGGCGAAAGGCACUAUCACAGUCCCACGCAAACGGUGGCGCCGGCAGCUACACACACACAGCGCCAUUACGGCCCACCGAUCUCGACGGCGAUCUUGACCCAGAAGGCCCGAGAGACGACUGGCUCUACUCCGAGCGUUUCAUCUACAUGCCCCACUCGUACUUUGUCAACGACCACAAGCAAGGUUUCCAGGAGGAUGGCAGCUUGGAAAAGGCCCAAACUCCGGAGGGGCUGUGGAGGCUGGAAGAGCAAAAACGUUGGGUUGCACGCAAGGAACUGUUCCCGAAUCUUCCAGACGAUUACAUCAUUUUCACCGACUUCAACCAGUUGUACAAGUGCGAGCCUAGUCUGUUCAGGCUAUGGCUGCGCAUUCUCGCUCGUGUCCCGAAGUCGAUCCUCUGGUUGCUUCGCUUCCCAGCGUCCGGCGAGCCUCACUUACUUGCCUCAGCUCGCGAAUGGGCUGGAGACGAGGUGGCCUCGCGCGUCGUCUUUACUGACGUCGCACCGAAGCACAUACAUAUCCAACGCGGUCGCAUCGCAGACUUGUUCCUUGAUACGACUGAGUGCAACGCCCAUACCACUGCUGCUGAUAUUUUGUGGUCUGGAACUCCAGUCCUGACUUGGCCCAAGCACAUGCACAAGAUGUGCUCGCGCGUCGCUGCCAGCAUUGUCAAAGCUACCGGACUGGAAGCUCAGCUUGUGGUCGACAGUGAACAGGCUUACGAGGACCGGGCUGUCCAGCUUGCCCAUGCUCUUCAUUACGACUAUAUCGAUGCUCAAGGCUGCAUCGUUCCACCCGUCCAGCCUGCAACGGACACCAUCACGGCAGAUGCGCUCGCCAUCAACAACUCAGCAAGCUCGGCUGUUCCUCACUACGCACCCCAAGCAGCUUCUCAAGCCGGCACAGCCGGUGCCACUGCUCCAACAUCCAAACAUGCCAUUGAAACCGGCUCAGCACAAACAUCUGCUAAGAAAAUUGCGGUGCAAGUCACCGCACCAUCCGCGAGUGUCAAAUUACUACGAGGCUUGCAGGCACCAUCAGGUGCCGUCUCCCGCAGAAGCAAAGGGGAGUUGUCCGACUUGCGCAAGCAGCUUUUCCUUACUCGCGAGCAGAGCCCGCUCUUCGAUACUCGCGCUUGGGUGCGUGCGUUAGAACGCGGGUAUGAAGAGGCGUGGCGCCGGUGGGUGGCCGGCACCGAUUCUGAAGACACGGUAGAAUGGCAAGCUCUUCCCCCCGAUGCCCCGGAAAAGAUCAGCUCCCAUAUUUGGGUCCAGCCAGAUUGAGCCCUGGCCAACGCACUCCUCGCUAAGGCAAAUCAAGCAUCACCUGCAGACAUCCCUUCACAUCUUCUCACAUAGACACUCCAUGUAUGAUAUACGACAGAGCAUAAUAGCUCUUUGCAUCACGAAGUCUCCAUCUCCUGUAUCCUCGUCACAUCUUCGCAAUUUGAUCGCAUC